AUGCCUCGUACAUAUAUUAAAAAAAAAAUUGCGCCGUACACGCAGGAGGACAUGGCCAAAGCGAUUCAAGCAGUAGUUAAAGGCGAGAUGAGUAUGUAUGCUGCUGCCAAAAUAUUUAGAAUCCCAACAACAACUCUAUUUGGUAGAAUAAAAAAAAAUUCUAGAGCUCCAAAAGUUGGCAGACCAUUAGCUAUACCAUUAUCAUGCGAACAACGAUUGGCGGAUGCUAUAGCAACUAUGGAAAAGUGGGGGUUUGGUCUAACGAGACAGGAGGUAUUAGCAAUUGUUGCUGAGUAUGUAAAGAAAAAUAAUUUAAACACUCCCUUUAACGAUAGUAAACCGGGGCCUGAUUGGUUCAUAAAUUUUAAGAAAAGGCAUGGGCUCUCUAUAAAAAAGCCCCAACCAAUAGAAUACUUGAGAAAAAAAAUGACAGAUCCUUUUAUAAUAUCUGACUUUUUCACAUUACUAGAAAAUACUUUGACUGAUUUGAACUUAUUUAAGAAACCAGAUCUAAUAUGGAACUUAGACGAAACCUCUCUGUGCCUAGACCCAACGAAGACUAAAGUAGUUGGUAAAAUUAAUAAGCCUUGUUCGAGGACAACAUGUGGGACCGGGAAAGAAAAUAUUACCGUCUUAGCGGCCGUGAGUGCAACUGGAAAAAAAAUUACUCCUUUGAUCGUAUAUAAAGGGAAACAGAUGUGGGAUCAGUGGAUGGCAAAAUUAGAAGGUUUUGAUUUUGAAAUAUCAUAUGCAGCAAGUUCAAGAGGGUGGAUGGAGACGAACAUAUUUUAUAAUUAUCUUGAAAAAAUUUUGAUUCCUGAACUCGGUAAAGAACGCCCAGUUCUAUUAAUUUUUGAUGGCCAUUCUACUCACGUAGACGCUAACGUUGUAGAACUGGCAGUCAAAAAUAAUAUCACAAUUUUAAAGCUUCCCCCUCAUACUUCGCAUUUACUACAGCCACUUGAUGUGGCUGUGUUUAAAUCUUUUAAAAGCAUGUGGGAUAAGAAAUUAGUUGAGUGGCAGCGACAUAAUGUAGGUAAAAAAAUGCCAAAAAAUGUUUUUGCGCAAACAUUUGCAGAGACCUGGCAAAAAAUUAACACUGAAGUUAUUCAAAAUGGAUUCAAAAAAUCCGGAAUUUAUCCAUUUAAUCGGAAUAUAAUUCCAAAUGACAAAUAUGAACCUGCUGCACUUAAAAGAUAUAAAACACAGGUAUGUAGAACUCCAAAAUCACUUAGGUCUUUAUGUAUUGAAGUUUUAAAUAGUAAAAGUAGUAUCACAAGUAGUACUAUUGACAUCAGUGAUCCACUCAAAGAAGACACUUUUCAUAUAUUGACAAAUACACAGCUUAACACUGAAAAUGUCACAAUGUUAAGUGAUCUUUCUGAUAGGAAAGACAGUCAAUUACUACCAUUUAUGGCAAGCCAAACGGCAAGUUUACCACAAUGUUUGCAAGAGGAGAAAGAGAGUUCUGUAGUGAGUUUUGAAGAACUUGUAUUAGAAAAAAUACAACAGGGUAAACAUAAUAUUCCGUUAAAAAGAAAAAGAGUUGCUAAAGGAGCUGAAGUAAUUACACUCAACAUUUUAAAAAAUAAUAAAGAAAAAGAGCAGAUAGAGAAACACGACAAAAAACUAAAAAAGCCUAAAACAAAGUUAGAAAGUAUGCCCAGUUCUUCGAAAUCCCACAACACAUCUUUCAAAAAAAUUAAAAGGCGAUCGAGUGCUUAUUCAAUCAGCGGCUUAAUGACUGAUGAUAUUUUAAACACUAAUGAAAAUAUUUCCGAUUUUGAUAUAGUGGCAUGGGCUGAUUCAGAUGCUAUUCAUAUGGAUAAUGAAUUGAACAAAGAAAAUAUAUCCGAAUAUAAUUUAAGCCAAGCACAUCUAGAAAUAGAAAAAGACCAAUACAUUAAGAAAACUUUUUGCUCCAGACGUGAAGAAGAUGAAAAACCCAUUACGAUUUUAGACGAAAAAACAGGAUGUAUUCGAUCUGUACUAGUGGCAGCUAGCAAUGACUAUGAUGAACCAAAAAAGAAUAAGAGAACAAAUGCAAAUAAUAUAACUACUCAACGAGAAGCACUUACUUAUAUAAAAAAAGACACAUGUAAACAAAGAACCAGAAAACUUAAGAAACAGAAAAAGUGGGAAAAUAGCUCGACCACUUCAGAAGAUAAUAUUAUGAGCGUCCAUAGCGACAGUGAUAUAGAUGAAAUAUUGAGCCCAGAUGACGGCGAAGAAGAAGAACAGAUAAUAAAAAAUAAAGUUGAUAUGAAAGAAGCCAUUAUAUUCGAAAAUAUUAGACGAUUAGAGGAGAUCGAUAAGACUGUACAACUACAUAAAACUGCGACCGAAAAAUCUAAAAUAGCAAAAAAGAUGAUGAAUACGAAAGAAGAAGAAUGUUUUGAUGAGGAAAAUAAUAAUAUAGUAAAUUCUGUAGUACAAAAAAAUAAAGUAACAGAAACAUUUGAUUUGGGCAAGACUAUAAUCGUUAAAUAUUAUAUUAAAAAAAAGUGGAAGUAUUAUGUCGGUGUGAUAACCGAAACAAAUGGUAACCAGCUCGACAAAAGGUAUGGAACAUCUUUUUAUAAAAGUAAAUGGAGAAAUAAUAUUUUGAUAUUUAUGAAACCAAAAAAAGCUGACACAGAUUGUAUACCCGAUGAUUUAAUCGUAAAAGAAAUAGAAUUAAUACAAAUAAGAGAAAAUCCCGAUGAGUUUGUCUUAAAAGAUAUGAAAGAUAAUGUUUAUUUU